GCUGCCCGUCGGCCGGAGGGGCUCUGCGGAGCCGGGGCGGCGGCGGGGCGGAGGCGGAGGCUCUUCCGGGCGGAGGGCGGGUAUAUAAGGGCGGCGGCGCGGCGGCCGGGCCCUCUUUCGCCGCCCCGGCAGCGAGAUGACGAAGAAGAGGAGGAACAACGGUCGGGCCAAGAAGGGCCGCGGCCACGUCCAGCCCAUCCGCUGCACCAACUGCGCCCGCUGCGUCCCCAAGGACAAGGCCAUCAAGAAGUUCGUCAUCAGGAACAUCGUUGAGGCCGCGGCCGUCAGGGACAUCUCGGAGGCCAGCGUCUUUGAUUCCUAUGUCUUGCCCAAGCUGUACGUGAAGCUGCACUACUGCGUCAGCUGCGCCAUCCACAGCAAAGUGGUGCGGAACCGCUCGCGGGAGGCCCGCAAGGACCGGACCCCCCCGCCCCGCUUCAGACCGGCUGGUGCUGCCCCCCGGCCCCCCCCCAAGCCCAUGUGAGGAGACUCCGGCCGAACGUGUCCCACCCGCGCACAAACUUAAUAAAGGAACCUGUACCGA